AUGCUGGGUGUUAUCCCUGCGCUCAUACAAGACGACCCAGAGUUUUCGGAGUCGCCAUCACUUGUGCUCAUUCAUGACGGAGGGGGAACCACCAUCAAUUACUACUUCUUAGGCGACCUUGACCGGCAUGUGUGGGGUAUUAGUAACGAGAGGCUCGUUGAGGAUAAUGCUUGGCCUGGUGGCAUCACCCAGAUGGCUCGGGUAUACGCAGACCUUAUUCAAGUCGAAUUACCUCGAGGGCCUUUGAUAUUAGGAGGUUGGUCUGUCGGCGGUCUCAUCGCAUUAGAGAUGGCGAAGGUCCUCGCUGAAAAUAUCGAAUUCCAUGUUCUUGGUGUCGUUAUGAUUGACACAUUUCAUCCAUUAGCGAGAGAUGUCGGAAUCAGUCAAGACAUUACAGCAAUAGAAUGGGGCGAAGCGACAACGGAAGAGUCUAAGCAUAUAACCCUGAAGAGCAUAAGAAACUGCUCUAAGUUCGCUCAGCAGUGGGGUCGAGAUUCCUUAAAAGGAUCCGAUAUGCCAACAAAGCUACCCCCGGUUAUCCUUCUCCAUGCGAGCGAGGGCUAUGAAAUCUCCGCCUCAGAAGAUAAACUGGGUUGGGAGAAUUACCAGCAUAAUUUCUUCUCCCACGUCAUAAACGUGCCGGGAAACCAUCACAGCUUGUUCGCCGAUGAAAAUGUGGAUGGAUUAACUGAACAGUUAUCUAAAGCGUGUCAAAUAUUGGAAGGGGAUCGUUGA